CGUUAUAUUGGAAAAGAAAAAAAGAAAAAAAAAAGGUUUGGGAUACAAAUUGCAAUCCGACACAGAGUUUGGGAAGUGUGACCACACUGCAAUCAAUGGAUCCAACAUUGGGCAUUGCCGCUUCGUCUCUCAAUGUCAAAUCGGAGGAUUUUAAUAGUUUUGGCUUUAAAGUCGAUGAAAUUCAAACCCACGUGAAUGAGCUUGAGAAGCAAGUAAAUGAGGUUGAACAGUUCUACCAUUCAACUAAAGUUCAAGUUAACAAUUCCAAAGACAAAGGCCGUGAGAAGCAUCUUACUGGCACUAAGAAUCCACUACAAGGUACGUCACAUAGGGAAGCUUCUGCUUCAGCAAAAAUGCAAGAGCUCAUGCGUCAGUUUUCCACAAUAUUGCAGCAGCUCACUCAGCAUAAAUGGGCGUGGCCCUUCAUGGAACCUGUAGAUGUUGAAGGUCUUGGGCUGUAUGACUAUUAUAAGGUUAUUGAUAAGCCCAUGGAUUUCAGCACGAUAAAAAGUAAAAUGAAUGCUAUGGAUGACUCUGGUUAUAAGAACGUGCGGGAGAUAUAUUCUGAUGUCAGGUUGAUUUUUAAGAAUGCAAUGAAAUACAACGAUGAAAAAAAUGAUAUCCAUGUUAUGGCGAAGACUUUGCUGGAAAAAUUUGAGAAGAAAUGGAUUCUCUUUUUGCCUAAAGUUACUGAUGCGGAAACUAUAAAAUCAAGGGAAGAAGCACGUGCGCAGUUGGAUACACAACUCGCUCAAGAAGCCACUUAUGCCAAUAUGGCUAGGGAAUUAAGCAAAGCGCUGUGUGGAAUUGAUACGGAUUUGAACAAUCUCAAAGCAAUGGUAAUUGAAAAGUACAGGAAACUGUCAACUCAGGAGAAAAUAAUGCUUGCGACAGAUAUCGCCAGAUUGUCUCCUGAAAACAUCAACAGGGCAUUACAGAUAGUUGCUGAGGACAACCCAACCUUCCAACCUAAUGCUGAAGAGGUGGACCUUGACAUUGAUGCUCAGAGCGACUACACAAUCUGGAGAUUAAAAAAUCUUGUAAAAAAUGCACCGGAAGUUCAGGGAAGAACUGCCGAGGGCACAACUUUUAACCAUAAUGGUAACACUGAGGCCAAGAAAAACGACAACAAAAGGAGGAGAGUUAUGUGAUUCUUUGCUAAAGACAUUAUAAAGAGAACUAAAAAGCUAUCUACUUUGUGAUUUACUUGUGCAGCACAUAAGGCAUUAUUUUAGUUUUGAUUGAGCGGCAUGCUUACGAACUUCUAGUGUUAAGACAUGCUGUAGGUAGGGCCAUUCUGUAAAGCUUUCUAUAUUAAGCUCUAAUAGAUUGAAUGCAACU